AUGAUUCAGCUCACUUUACUUCAUCUCUGGCUUCUCCUUGUACCAGCGCUUGCUGGUAUGACCAAGACUGGCACCCUCUGCACCGUCACUCCGUCCGGCACCAAGGAUGACAGCCCGUUCAUCAUGGACGCCUUCAAGCAAUGUGGCCAGAACGGUCAGAUUGAGAUCACGAAAGGUGAUUAUACCAUCGCCAAAGUCAUGGACGUCCUGGACCUCAACAACUGUGACAUCUCCAUUCGCGGUAAACUGACUUGGAGCGACGAUAUCCAGUACUGGGUCCGCAACAGCGUUAGUGUGACAUAUUCCCAACGAAGUACAGCAUUCCGUCUGGGCGGUGAGAACUUCACUCUGCAAGGUCACGGUGAAGCACUCUUCUUUGGCAAUGGGCAGAAGUGGUACGACGUGAACCGUGAUGGGAGCAACAUGGCCGGCAACAGCAAAAACAUCCAUGUCAAGAACGCCACCUGCUACGAGUCUGGCGCCAUGGUAAUUGGCUCAAUGGGUAAUCCCACGAACGUUCCCGAGACGGUAGACAACGUGCUCUUCGAAGACAUCACUGCUAUUCAUAGUUCCAACGCGGCCUGGAUCAAGACAUACCCUGGCCAAGGCCAUGUGAAGAACGUCACCUUCCGCAACAUCAAGUUUCAGGACGUCAAUCAGCCUAUAUACGUCUCGCCGUGUAUCUACAGCUACCAGAACUGCGAUUCGAGCCGCUUGAAAAUCAGCGACAUUACUUGGGAAAACAUUACUGGUACCUCGAGAUACAAUGUGGCCGCGGGUAUCUACUGCAGUCGCGGCGCACCUUGUGUAGAACAAGAAGAGAUGUGA